AUGGGCGAACAAUUGGCCGAAACAAAAAGGGCGGUACACAGGGCGGUCAGCCGGACGUUCGAUGGCAGUUUUGGUGUGAUCUGCGCCGAAUGCGCUUUCUCCUACAUUGUACAUACUCAUGAAUACUGUGUUCAUACCAAGAAUGAUAUCACAUGUCUCGUCUAUAAGGAUGGUUGA